AUGGUAUUAGAGAAUCCAGCAUUAUCAUUACCGCCACCGGCAUUGCAAUUAUAUGCAGCGGCGGCAAUGAAUGCACGGGCCGCAGCUUCAGCCGGUGGUGCACAUAAUCGUAAUGGUGGUGCAGGUGGGGUGCCACCUCCAUGGGCACCAUUAUUACAUCAUUUUCCGGCGGCAGCAGCAAGUUUAUUUGCAGCGGGUAUAGGUGGUGCCCCGUCCGGAAGUGCCGCGGGUGCAAUGUUUGGACCAUUACGUGGUAUAAUGCCUAAUGCAAAUGCGUCAGGACAUAAUCGUGGGGUUAUUUUAGCGGCGGGUGCAGCAUACCAUCAACAAAUGUUGGCUGCAUCUCGAAUGCAUACAGCACCAGGUCCACCUAGUGAAGAUAGUGGUAGUGAAACACAUUGUCCUCGAGGUGGUAGUAAUGGUGGCAGCGGUGAUGGUAGCGGAAGUGGUGGAGGUAAUGACGAUGCAGACAGUGGUUGCGGCGGUAAACGAAGGCGAUCUCGAACAAAUUUUAAUAGUUGGCAAUUAGAAGAAUUAGAAAGAGCAUUUCUAGCAUCACAUUAUCCAGAUGUAUUUAUGAGAGAAGCAUUGGCCAUGAGAUUAGAUCUUAAAGAAAGCAGAGUUGCGGUUUGGUUUCAAAACCGUCGUGCAAAAUGGCGUAAAAAAGAACAUACGAAAAAAGGCCCUGGAAGACCUGCACACAACGCACACCCACAGUCGUGUAGUGGUGAACCAAUACCACCAAGUGAGCUACGUGCCCGAGAACGCGCACGCCGACGAAAAAAAUUAGCAAAAGCAUUAGAACGACAAGCACGUAAGCUGCGUGCAAAAGGUAUUGCCGUUGAUUUGAAUGCACUGCGUCGUGAAUAUUUAAAUCAACGCGGUGUUACCGGCGAUUUUGAUAGUGAUUGUAGUGAUAUUGAUGUUGUUGGUGGCGGUGACUCCGAUGGUGCUGACUCUGAUGACGAUGGUUUGGAUUCAAAUAGUUUACCACGUCGACGUGACAGCACCACUGGUGAUGAGAAUCCAUUAUCAUCAAUGAUGUGCCAAUCACAAGCAACAGAUAUGACAACAUCCACAUUAGACAUAUCAUCAACGGACAAACAAAGUUUAAAUAUUCGUAGACCAAAUCCGUUUAGUAUAGAAUCGUUACUUAACACGUGAGCCGUCGCGUCCUGUGUAA